AUUUUACUUUCAGACCUUCGGUGUCGCUAUGGGAAGUCCGUUAGCCCCAUCGAUUGCCAAUCUAUUCAUGGCACAUUUAGAAAACACUAUAUUGCUUAAUCCAUCUUUAAAUAUGUACUAUGCUAAUAUAAUAUACUAUGGCCGAUUUAUUGAUGAUAUAUUCAUAGUAUUUAAAACAACUGAGGCCGCAGUAGGAUUCUCGAAUUGGAUUAACACUAUACAUACGUCUAUUAAGUUUACCAGUCAUCUCAACCUGUCACAUAUCAAUUUUUUAGAUGUUACUGUGUAUAAAUAUCAUAACAAACUGUUGGUCAAGAACUUCAGAAAACCAUCAGAUAAAAAUUCUUUUCUUCAUUAUAACAGCUUCCACCACUUUGGUUUAAAGACCAAUCUUCCAUUUUCACAACUACUUAGACUAAAGCGUAACUCAAGCUCUAAUGAACACUUCAUUCAUGAAAGCCUGACCUUAAGCCAGGAGUUUAGAAGUAGAGGCUAUCCUAAAGAUGUCAUCAAAAGGGCAUUAAUUAAAGCUGAAAAAACUGAUAGAACCACCCUACUGAAAGAAUCUGCUAAACCAACUAAAAAUCAAAUUAUCUGGACACAAGAAUUAUCGCAUUACUCCAAACACAUAAUCCAAAUUAUAAAAAAGCACUGGCAUCUUCUUCAAGAUAUUUCAGGUUGUGAUAAAUUACCUAUUUUUGGAAACAGGCGUACUAAAAAUAUUAGAGAAUAUUUAAUCCAUACAGAUUUAAUUACUCCCAUUAGUACACCGAAGAGCACCCUGAGAGGCCAUUAUCCUUGUGGUCACUGUAAGUGUUGUCCUCAAUCUUGGAAGACUAAGGAGAUAUAUAAUCAUAGGAACAAAGUGGGCACCACACUAAAACAUUUUUCUACUUGUAAUAGCAGCAAUGUAAUCUACCUCUUGACAUGUGACUGUGAUCUCUGGUAUAUCGGAAAAACAACCAGAUCCUUGAGAAUCAGAAUCUCUGAACAUAAAUCCAGAAUCAAAAAUUUAUCUACAGAAUCUCUUUUAUAUUCACACUUCACCCAAUACAAACAUUCAUCUACCUCAUUUAAAUUUUGUGCUCUGGAAUGCAUCUCUCAAAAACCUUUCAUGGACUUGGAAAAACUAUUAUCCCAAAGGGAAAUGUACUGGAUCUUUAAGUUUAAAACCUUUUCCCCUCAGGGACUUAAUGAAUCACUUAAUUUUAGCUGUUUCCUUUAAACCUUCAAGUACUCUUUAAAAACCUUUGAAUGAACCUCCAGAAUUACUCGCAGUUGAAAUCACCACAAGCAGAGUCACUCAGUGAAAGCAUUUAGCACUAUAUAGAAAUUCAUUGUUGCUGAGUUUAACAACUCCUGAAGAAGGGGUUUUUCCCUGAAACAGGGUCAAAAAUACCCGGGACCCCUGUAGACUUGGGACUUUAUUUGGACUUUACUUUUGAAGACUUUUUUGAGAGCGGUGCUCCAUCAUUAUUUUCUUCAAUCCAGUAUACAGCAACACGACCAACCAUCUGUUUGGAAGAUAUUUUCAUUGACUGUAUCCCUGAAGCCUAUAUGUAUUGGACCCAAUACCAGACUUGAACAACUUUUGUGUUAGAGCUGUUGCUCCUUUUCAUUUUGUUGGGUACAGCCAAAUUGAGCUUUGUACGGGGAACUGUAACAAUAUAUGUCAUUUGGACACA